ACACUGGACGUACUUGUGUCCCCAUUGGAAUCUGCUGAGAGCAUCAAAAUGAUGGCCAACUUCAUGGAAAGGCAUCUCGUGGAGGAGGAGCGUGCUGCCCUGGCUGGGUUGAGGGAACCGUCCACCUACUCACUGUCUCAGCUGCGCCAUAUGCUUAGUAAGGGGAGCAACAAUUCGGUGCCGCCGGAGCUUACUCAUCACUUGAUGUACCGCACUGUGGCCAAGUCCAAGCUGUAUCCAGAUAAGUUCUACUUUACCAGGGAUGGGCGUACUAAGUUCUAUUCCCUCCUGCCGAUGAAUCCAGGGCUGGCAGCCGAGCUGGCACGCUGCAUCAAGGACACGCCCUACCUCGUCAUUAAGGGCUCCAAGUCGUCCUUCAUCGGGCCAGCCUGCGAUGAGUCUAUUUCCAUCCUGAAGAGUCAGAAUCCGCACUUUGAAAUCUACGAACUGCCUGGUGCUCACCAUGUGCAUCUCACCUGUCCAGACCUUUGCGCCAAGCACAUAGUUCCCUUCCUGAGACGCCAUCGGCCGCCCAAGGUGGAGGGCUGGUCGCUGGCUUACGGAGAUGCCGCCCUCAGCGCCCGGGAGCACCGCGAGGCGCAGGAGAGAUUCUUUGCAAGGAGCCAGAAUCGACAGCAUAAGCUGUAAGAGGACGCAAGGGAA